AGAUGCUGGAGAGAAUGGAGGAGCACGUAGAGGAAGGCUCUGAACUUGGGAAGCAGAAGGUCCUAAUUGACAAUCCUGCUGACAUUGUGGUCAUUGCUGCGUAUUUCCUGCUGGUCAUUGGUGUUGGCUUGUGGUCCAUGUUCAGAACCAACAGAGGCACAGUUGGUGGCUACUUCCUGGCAGGACGAAGCAUGGUGUGGUGGCCGGUUGGAGCCUCUCUGUUCGCCAGCAACAUCGGCAGCGGUCAUUUCGUGGGCCUGGCAGGGACCGGUGCAGCGAGCGGCUUGGCUGUGGCUGGAUUUGAGUGGAAUGCGCUCUUCGUGGUGCUGCUCCUCGGCUGGCUCUUCGUGCCUGUGUAUCUGACGGCCGGCGUGAUUACCAUGCCUCAGUACCUACGAAAGCGCUUUGGCGGGCACCGUAUUCGCCUCUACCUGUCGGUGCUCUCGCUUUUUUUGUACAUCUUCACCAAGAUCUCGGUGGACAUGUUCUCCGGGGCAGUAUUCAUACAGCAGGCCCUGGGCUGGAACAUUUACGCUUCUGUCAUUGCCCUCUUGGGCAUCACCAUGAUUUAUACUGUGACAGGGGGCCUGGCAGCACUCAUGUACACAGACACCGUGCAGACCUUUGUCAUUCUUGCCGGGGCCUUCAUCCUCACUGGUUACGCUUUCCAUGAAGUGGGCGGGUACUCGGGUCUCUUCGACAAAUACCUGGGCGCAGUGACUUCCCUGACGGUGUCCACGGAUCCAGCUGUUGGCAACAUCUCCAGCACCUGCUAUCAGCCAAGGCCUGACUCCUACCACCUACUGCGUGACCCCGUGACGGGAGACCUGCCAUGGCCUGCACUGCUCCUGGGGCUUACCAUCGUCUCCGGCUGGUAUUGGUGUAGCGACCAGGUAAUAGUGCAGCGCUGCCUGGCCGGGAAGAACCUGACUCACAUCAAGGCUGGAUGCAUCUUGUGUGGCUACCUGAAGCUGAUGCCCAUGUUCCUCAUGGUCAUGCCCGGCAUGAUCAGCCGCAUUCUUUACCCAGAUGAAGUGGCAUGUGUGGUGCCCGAGGUGUGCAAGCGGGUGUGCGGCACUGAGGUGGGCUGCUCUAACAUCGCUUACCCACGGCUUGUUGUGAAGCUCAUGCCCAAUGGUCUGCGUGGGCUCAUGCUAGCGGUCAUGCUGGCCGCCCUCAUGUCCUCCCUAGCAUCAAUCUUUAACAGCAGCAGCACACUUUUCACCAUGGACAUCUACACGCGUCUGCGGCCUCGUGCAGGUGAUAAGGAGCUGCUGCUAGUUGGAAGGCUCUGGGUGGUCUUCAUCGUGGCAGUGUCGGUGGCCUGGCUGCCGGUCGUGCAGGCAGCUCAGGGCGGGCAGCUCUUCGAUUACAUCCAGUCCGUCUCCAGCUACCUGGCGCCUCCAGUGUCUGCAGUCUUCGUGCUCGCACUCUUCGUGCCCCGGGUCAAUGAGAAGGGUGCUUUCUGGGGCCUGGUUGGGGGCCUGCUGAUGGGCCUCGCUCGCCUCAUACCCGAGUUCUUCUUUGGCACGGGCAGCUGCGUGCGGCCCUCAGCGUGCCCGGCGUUCCUCUGCCGGGUGCACUACCUCUACUUUGCCAUUGUGCUCUUCGUGUGCUCCGGCCUCCUCACACUUGUAAUCUCCCUGUGCACUGCACCCAUUCCUCAAAAGCAUCUCCACCGCCUGGUUUACAGUCUCCGACACAGCAAGGAGGAGCGGGAGGACCUGGAUGCUCAGGAAUUAGAAAGUCCAGCACCUCCCCCUGUGCAGAAUGGGUGCCAGGAGCACGCAGUGGGGAUCGAAGAGGUCCAGGCCCCAGCUCCAGGCCCACUCCGCCAGUGCCUGCUCUGGUUCUGCGGGAUGAGCAGGAGUGCCUCAGGGAGCCCUCCGCCCACUACUGAGGAGACGGCUGCAGCAACCAGGAGGAUAGAGGAUAUCAGGGAGGAUCCCAGCUGGGCUCGGAUCGUCAACCUCAAUGCCCUGCUCAUGAUGACGGUAGCUGUGUUCCUCUGGGGCUUUUAUGCCUGAAGUCGAAUGUGUUGGACACCACGCGCUGCAGCCAUGGCAUGUCUGCGCCUCACAGACUGAAGGGAGCUCGCUCGCAGUGGAUCGUGGAAAGCGGGCGAGAAUGUGGCAGGAAGGAACUGGUUCCCUUCCUCUUUACCUGGGGUCCAGCCCAUUUGAUUGUGUAUCACUUCCCACAAGAUGGUGACCAACUGGUUGUAGCAGUUUGCCCGUGCAAAAAUAAAGCUGCCCUUCCAACA